AAAAAAAAAAAAAAAGAGAACUUGCAACAAUUGAAAACUUUGUAGAAUAAAAAAAAAAGAGAAAAAAGUUUUGAAUGAGUGGUAAAUUUGGUAACCAUAUGGUAAAAAUGAUAAUAACCUCCAAUACUAAUACCAUAUCACAGGGUCUCAUCUAAUUUAUCAUUUGUAGAAGGUCAGGCAGUAGCUGCAGCAACAGCAGUUUCACUCAGCAGGAAUGCGCCUCUUCUAGCUUCUGCUUAUAGGACUGGUUCAUCCAGUCCCUCCAGAGGAUGGCUUUCAGGACUCCUUGCUAUCCCUGCGGCAGCUUUCAUGCUCCAGGAGCAGGAGUUGCAUGCUGCUGAGUUGGAACGCACUUUUAUUGCUAUCAAGCCUGAUGGAGUACAAAGAGGACUGAUUGCAGAAAUCAUAUCCCGUUUUGAGCGCAAAGGUUUCAAGCUUGUGGCUAUCAAAAUAGUGGUUCCUUCAAAAGAAUUUGCACAGAAGCAUUAUCAUGACCUUAAAGAAAGACCCUUCUUCAAUGGCCUGUGUGACUUCCUAAGCUCUGGUCCUGUUGUUGCUAUGGUCUGGGAAGGAGAGGGAGUAAUCAAAUAUGGCAGGAAACUCAUUGGAGCCACAGAUCCUCAAAAAUCAGAGCCUGGAACAAUCAGAGGUGAUCUAGCAGUUGUCGUUGGAAGAAAUAUAAUUCAUGGUAGUGAUGGUCCAGAGACUGCCAAGGAUGAAAUCAAUUUGUGGUUCAAGCCAGAAGAAUUGGUUAGUUAUACAAGCAAUGCAGAGAAGUGGAUCUAUGAAGCCAACUAAUUAAGGGUCUUUUUCCUUUUUUAUAAUCAUUUAUUCAUCCGGGAAUUUAGGUUCCACAUGAAGGUGGAUAGAGCAAUAGUUUUUAGAAUAAAGAUGUGUUUCUUAUCAAGAUGAGCAUUGAACUGCUUUCAUAACCUUUCUAGUUGACAGAUGAAUUUUAAUUUCACUAAUAAUCUCGUCCACAACUGCUUUAUAGACAGUACAAAAUCAUUUCAUUUUAAUGUUUCUUCAUUCCUUUCUGUUUUCUUUCUCUUCUUUUUCUUUUCCUUUUUUUUUUAAAAAAAAUGAAUUUCUCUU